AUGUCAAGCACGAAGAACCAGUCCCUGAUCUUCACCAAGAUCCCAACGGGGAUGCCCGUGCCAGGCGAACAUGUUGCCGUCAAAGAUGUCGGCUUCGACCUGGACCAACCAGCGCCUGAGAACGGGUUGAUCCUCGAGACGCUAUACGUCUCGUUCGAUCCGUACUUACGUGGUCUACUCCGCGACCCCAGCGUGAAGAGCUACAUGCCCGCAUUCCCCGUCGGCUCGCCCAUGUCUGCAGCAACGCUGUCUAAAGUUCUUAAGUCGAAGUUGGCCGGAUUCAAGGAGGGUGAUAUCGUCCGCCACAAUCUGCCCGUGCAGGAGUAUAACGUCUAUGUCUCGAAGAGUGACAAGGACAAGCCGAUGAAGCUCGAUACUGAGGGUCUGGACGAUAUUCGGCAUUACUUGGGCGCAUUGGGCAUGCCGGGCCUCACUGCGUAUAGUUCGCUCUACGAGAUUGGCAAGCCCAAGAAGGGCGAGACGAUCGUUGUGUCGAGCGCGGCGGGCGCAGUGGGACAACUUGUUGGCCAACUGGCUAAGCAUGAGGGAUUGACUGUGCUGGGGUCUGUUGGGUCUGAUGAGAAGUUGGAGUUCAUCACGAAGGAGUUGGGCUUUGACGGCGGGUGGAAUUACAAGAAGGAGAAGAGCACGAAGGAUGCUAUUGAGCGUUUGACGGACGGCAAGGGGAUCGAUAUCUUCUAUGAUAACGUUGGUGGAGAACAGCUUCAGGGCGCGAUUGAGAGUCUGAAUUUGUUUGGACGAAUUGUCGAAUGCGGCCAAAUCUCGCAAUAUAAUCUCCCACCUGACCAGCGAUACGGCAUCAACAACCUGUUCCAGACUGUCGCGAAACGUCUGACCAUGACUGGCUUCAUGGUCGGCGAUGCGAAUAUGGGACCCAAGCACGCCAAGGACCACCAGGAGAAUGUGAAGAAGUGGUUGAAGGAUGGAAGUUUCAAGGCCAAGGUCCACGAGACUGUUGGCAUGGAGAAUGCUGCAGAGGCUUUCGUGGGGAUGCUCAAGGGUGAUAAUUUCGGAAAGGCGAUUUUGAAGGUAAAAUAG